AUGGAUGUGAAAAGUUUUAAGAACUACAACUCCCAGAGUUUCAAGGCGGAACUGUCUCAACUUCCGUUUCAUGAAACCUAUCGCAUUAGUGAUGUAAAUGAGAAAAUUGAUCACUUCAAUCAAUUGUUCAUAAAUACUCUGAACAAACACGCGCCUAUCAAACACAUCAGAAUUGAAGGCAGACUUAAUCAGUUUAUUAAUAAAGAAUUAAAGUGCACGAUGAAACUGAGAGACAAAAAGCUGAGAAUUUUUCGCCUCUCACGUAACGCGGAAGAUUGGGACGUCUAUAGGCAACUUAGGAAUUCUAUAAAAACAUCUUUAAGAGCAGCAGAGUCCAACUUUGUCCGGAAUCAAAUUGAGGAAUAUAAAGGUAAUUCAAGAUCUAUGUGGAAAGUGAUUAGGGGGUGUAUCCCGAGCAAAGAUUCAGAAAAACCCGUUUACCAGAAAGACCACAAAAAAGUAGCCAAUGAAUUUAAUGAAUAUUUUGCUUCUGUGGGGAAGAUUGCAGCCGACAAGGUCAAGAGACUUGCGGAAGUUAACAACAUUCAGAUAGCAACUGCUUUACCACCUGCAAGACACCGAUCUUUUCUUGAUCUGUUUGAAUUUAGAACAGUCACACCUGAUGAAGUUAGAACAAUUAUUUUAAAUAGUUCAUCAAACAAAGCUCCAGGUGCCGAUAAGAUAAAUAUUCAAUUCAUUACAGAUUCACUUGAAGUGAUUUUAGAUCCUGUUACGGAUAUUAUUAACUGUUCCUUGAUGACGUCAACAUAUCCUUCAAUGUGGAAGAUAGCAGAAGUGGUACCGCUACACAAGGAAGGGGAUCCUGAAAUCGCUUCAAAUAAUCGACCGAUUUCACUGCUGUCAUGCUUGUCAAAAAUAUGCGACAAAGUCGCACUGAAUCAGUAUACAGAACAUCUAACAAACCACAGAUUAUUAACGGAGCAUCAAAGUGGUAACCGGAAAAAACAUUCUACCGAAACACUUAACAUUGCAGUGACAGACAU